GGAGGCGGAGCUGGCGCCGGAAGUGGCGCCGGGUGGCUGAGGAGAGGAGGAGGAGGCGCCGCUAGGAGUUUGACUCGCCGCGGCUGAGUGGAGCGCUGGGGCGGCGUUGGAGCAACCGGGCCGAGGCGGGAGAGCUGAUGGAGCCGGCCGGCUUCAGCCUGGGCCUAGUGGCCGCGCUGAUUGCUUCCCUGUCAGUGUUGAUGGUGGGCGGCGUGGACCCGUUGACGGUGGCUGGAGAGUCUCCUGACAGAAAGCAUCAUAAACUUGAGAUGGACCAGGCAAUUUUAAGUGUUUAUAAUGAAUUAUCCGAGGAGCUCGUUGUCUCCUGGCUGUCAGAUCACUGUUACCACUGCAAGUUUCAGAAACUUGGUAAUGUGUCUUCUAAAAAGCGUUUAGGACUUCAACAAAAACACCCUGGGAAUUCAUCAUUUACCAUCGACACCAAACAUGCAGUCAUGUUACAGCUGAACACCUCAGUUGAGGUGUGCAGGGUUCAUGAAAGUUUUGGUGAGCUUGGACACUAUUCCUUGUGGGUGACAAAGGCCAACUGGAGUAAUGCAAAUGGAACAGUGACCUGUAAAACCAUUAUCGACAAAGAACCCAUCAACAGCAAUCUUCCAAUUUUAUACGCCUUCCUUGUCUAUGUUGGAUUGGUCAUUCUCGUAUGUUUAGGACAGUUCGUACAGGGGCUGAGUCCUGUUAAAAACCUGUUGUUUCGCCUAUCAAGUCGAGUGGAGAUGGAACGGUUAAUCAACUCUGAGCUGGGAUCACCAAUCCGCGUGGCUGACAGCACAGGUCAAAGUAACCUUGUACCCGGACGUAGUGCAGGCUCCCAACGCCUUCGUUCACUUGACACUUUGCGAGGGUUGGCUUUGGUGAUCAUGAUCUUUGUUAACUAUGGAGGUGGGAGAUACUGGUUCUUCAAACAUGAAAGUUGGAAUGGAUUAACAAUAGCAGAUUUAGUUUUUCCUUGGUUUGUGUUUAUCAUGGGAACUUCCAUUGCUCUCUCCCUGAACGCAGCAUUGCAGGUUAACCGCUCCAGGUGGAAACUGUUGGCUAAAGUUGCUUGGAGAACUGCAGCCCUGGUAUUGCUUGGCAUCUUUAUCAUUAACCCAAAUUACUGCAAAGGGCCACUUUCCUGGGAUACUCUGCGGAUCCCUGGUGUGCUUCAGAGGUUGGGUCUUACAUAUGGUGUGGUUGCUGUCCUGGAGAUUCUGUGUGGAAAAGGAUAUCCUGAAGGUUUUGCUUUGGACAACUGGUGGUCUCCAGCCAGGGAUGUUUUGAUCUACUGGCCCCAGUGGGUCUUUAUUCUGCUGUUGGAGUGCAUUUGGCUAUGUGUGACUUUUCUGUUGCCCGUUCCAGGUUGCCCACGAGGUUACCUCGGCCCUGGAGGGAUUGGAGACUUCGGACAGUUUGCUAAUUGCACUGGAGGAGCAGCAGGCUACAUCGAUCGUUGGGUCUUUGGAGAGGACCAUAUCUAUCAACAUCCUUCCUGUGCAAUACUCUAUAAGACAACAGUGCCUUUUGAUCCAGAGAACUUGCUGGGAUUAAUCAAUUCGAUUGUGAUGGCAUUUCUGGGACUACAGGCUGGAAAGAUUUUUCUAAUUUACAAAGGUCAAAACAAGCAGAUUGUGCUUAGAUUCUUAUUCUGGAGCGUCCUGCUGGGUGUUAUUUCAGCUAUCCUUACAAAAUGCUCCAAAGACCAUGGAUUCAUUCCAGUUAACAAGAACCUAUGGUCCAUCUCUUAUGUUACAACACUAAGCUGUUUUGCCUACAUUCUCCUCUUGUUGAUUUACUCCGCGGUGGAUAUAAAGAAAUACUGGACUGGAGCUCCCUUUUAUUAUCCAGGGAUGAACUCUAUUCUGGUGUAUGUUGGACACGAGGUGUUUGAGCACUACUUUCCUUUCAAAUGGAAAAUGCUGAAUGACUGUUCACAUGGGGAGCACUUGGCCCAGAAUCUUGUUGCUACCACUAUCUGGGUUAUUAUUUCUUAUGUUCUUUACAAGAAGAAAAUAUUUUGGAAAAUCUAAUUGGAAUCAGUUAUUUUUUUUGGCAAAUACACAGUGAAGGUAUAUAUUUUUCUAUAAAUGUGAAUGGAUGAACAAGAUGUGUGCAGUUUGGGAACAUGGGAACGCAAAUUUCAGUGGACUUUUAAUUUCUCGUAUGGCCAGUAUAUCAAUGUUCUGUUAACCAAUUUCCUGUUAAUCAUCAUUUUAAGGCCUACUUGGUUUAAAAAAAAGUCUCAAUUUUGUAGAGCUUCAAGAUGUAUAUACUUGUAAAUUGGUGAUAUUUAAAAUUGUAUUGAAAUACUGACUUACUCAAAGGGUUAAUGCACUAAACAUCUCCUCUGCAUUAUGACCAUUCCAGCCUCUAACACUUUACUCAACCUCUCUGUCCUAUCCUCCAUUCUAGUUUCCUGUCCCACAAUUUUACUGGUAUUCUCUAUUUGUUUGCCAAAAUUAUUUUAAAACUAAUAUUAAACAGAUUUGUCUCAAACAGGCAUUUGUAAAAGCUGUUGGUUCAUCUUGAUGCGUGUGAGGAAAGGGACUGCCACCUGUUAGUAGUUCUUCCACAUCCAGUUUGUGUUAUUUAAGCUUCUAAUGGGUGAACCUUGCACCAGGGUUCAAUUCUAUAUGCUUGACCAUAAAUUGGUGGAGCUGAGAGGAUUGAAUGGAAGAUUCAAAGGUUGGCAGGUUUGAAGACUGGAAUGUAAAAGCUGUUGGACCCAUUUCACUUCUCAUUAAUGUUUUGCUUACCUGGGAAGCUUGAUUGUUGUCUUUAAGAGCUGCUGUAAAUGCUCCUGACCGAAAUAGCAAUGGCCUUUGAAGAUAUUUCUUUGUGUUUAAGAAAGCAUUGGCACUGAAGACUUUGUCCCCAAUGCACUACAGUCUGUGCCUGCCUGAUCUGUCACUGCUGCCACCCAAAAACUGUUUAUAUUGUUACACUGUCAUCAAAACAAGGAAUGUGCAGAUUUUCUUUGAUAGUUCGAUCAGAUGGGGUAGAAACUCCUUGUUAAUAUUGAGUGUUAGAACUGCUGAGAAAUGUCCCUGUCCAUGAGACCGAUGUUUGUCAGAUGUAGAGCACACUUUCUACUAAGGGAAUUAUCUAAACCCAAAAUUUUAGUGAAGCUAGGCGGAACCAAGAUUUGAACCCCACAAGCGUGCAAAAAAAACUGCUGGAGUUUAAUAGAAAACCAAUGUUGCAGAGCAGGUUGCUGAUGAGUUUCCAAUACUUGUCUAGUCAGAAGGACUAUUAAUGAGAAUGUCUGGCCAUUAGGGCUUUGAUUUACAGUGUUUUCUGUUGAGAAGAAUUCCAGCCCCUGGUGGCUAACCUGUCUCUUUGAAUUCCAUUAGUCAGAUAAUUUAGCUGGGAUGUCAUCAACAGUAUGUACUACAAAACUGCUGAUUAUCCCAUUAUCACUUUUGCAGGGUUAGCUUGGUUCUGAAUUUCAGUUGUCAAAUUUUGGAAGACCUUGAACCCAAAUUGGCCCCACCCCCGGAAGAUUACAGAAAUGAUUUUUGUUCUCACAAGAACCUAUUGUCUUGAGCUUGGCUCAGGGGCACACGAAAACCCACUGAAAGGUGUUUCCUCUGGGUACAGCUAUCAGCUGCUUAGCCGCCUAACCUCACCAUGGUAGGAUCUGAGCCCUGGAUUUCUGCUUGGUCUUGUUCCACUGAGCUAACUCUGCUUCCUUACUACAAAGACCUGAGGGCUAAAUUGGCCUUCUAGUGGUUCACAAAGCAAUCCCUUUCCCUCACUACUAUUCUGUUACCUAUUCUCACAUUCACAUCAACUCUUCUUAGAUUCCAUCAUUCACCUACACACUAGGGGCAAUUUGCAGUGGCCAAUUAACCCAAGGAUGUGGGAGGAAACCAGAGUACCUGGGGGGAAACUCGUGAGCAUGGGAAUGUGCAAACUCCACAUAGACAGCACAGGAGGUCAGGAUUGAACCCUGUGAGGCAUUAGUGCCACUGUGUCAUCCCAUUGUCUUGUUCUUCAUGUGAUUCACAUGAACUUUUAUGGUGGUGAGAUCGAGAUGGGGGAGCAUAAUCUGCUUACUCAUGACUGCUAAUUUGUAUUGUGACUUGGACAAGGCAGGAGUUGUAUAAAUAUCUUCAGUGGGUUUCUGUGGCUUCCUGUACUGUCUGAUCAUGAACAUUGUGUAGUCAUGAUGAAAACUGUAGUUUGUGGACUUCAAGCCAUUGUUUAAAUUGGAGAAUGUUGCAUUAUAGAAACAAAGCCUAAAGUUUCUUCUUUUGGGCUGGCAGUACUGAAACUAUAAAGAGUACCAUAUUGUGUUUAUUGCCAGUUAUAGGAUGGCAGCAAUCACUGUUUGAAAUCCUUUACCGAAAUGAAACAAUUAAUGCCAGUAUCAGUAUUUUGUGUGCAAAUGUUACUGAUUUGGAAAGUUGCACUGUUAUCAACCAUGCAGUUUAUUUAUGAUUAACUUCUAAUUUGAAUUAGGGAAAAUGAGUUGACAUGUUCAGUCUUGAAAACAAAGGAUCCUAAUCAAUUCUGUAUAAUUAUGUAAGACAAUUCUUCACUCCCCUUUCUGAGAAAUGUGUAGCAUUGCACCAGCACUUCAAUCAGUUUUACUCUUAAUGGCUAAAAUCUGGCUUUAACGUUGUGUAGCAUGUCCUCUAAAGUUAUUGCUUAGCACUACUCAUUAUCUCUCUCUAUUGGCUUAGAUGCACUUGGCCUUCAAUUAUUGCUUUCUUGAUCUGAAGAACUUCAGUUCCAGUAUCCAUACAACAUCUUUUGGUGCUAAUCAGUAAAGCACUGGGGUGGGUGCCACAUCUUCUUGUUGUGCUCCCUUCCGAGUCUUGGGUUUUGAUGUCUGCUCAGACUAAAGGUAUUAAAAUCUGUCUCCUGUUUCUUGUAAAAGGAACCCUUAAACUUUAAUUAUAAAGUUAUAAAGCUUGUACAUCAAGUUAAGUUUAGGAUUCAAAAGUGGAAUACUUCUUGUUGCUAUCUACUACUAAAGUUGACAGGGCCUUAAUGACGGUUUGGUGUGAGAAGUGCAAAUGUCAUUAGUGUGGAUGACAAAGUCACAAUAUGUUAGGAUAGAUAAAGGGAUCUAUGCUUACUAGUGCUGUACUAGACACAGGCUUUAAAUAUAAAGUGCCCUACUUCAUUUUACUGGGGGGGGUAGGGAGAAAAGCAAGAUUAUGGAAUAGAGCUUUUGAAUUGCAUUCAAUAUCAGGACUGAUUUUGAGUGCAUGAGUGAUGUAAUAGUUUUAGUGGGAAUUAGGCAAUUGCUUUGAAAACUAAAUCCCUAAGCAAGGUUAAAGAUUCACUUGUUAGCAUACACUAAGGAAAUUUUCUCUGUACUUAAGACAAUUAAGAUAACAUGUUUAAUUUGGUGAUCAUUUAAUGCACAAGUCACUUUUGAGAGAGUCCAUAACUAACAGUUAGUGUUCCUCAAACUUGACGUUUUAAGAUUUUUAAAUGUCACUUUUUCUCCCCCCCGACUCAAAACGACACACACCUACUGUUAGUGUGCUGAGCUCUUAUUGCAUUGAGGAACAUUUUGUUAACCUUGUCAGUUUUAAGCUAGAAAAAUAUCUACAGCACCAGAGUAUUAUUCUCCAGGUUGUGUUUACCUUGUGCAUGCACAAUACUAAUGGACCUCCUUGCUUGAUUACCCAUGAUUUAAAUGGGACCCUUUUGCUUCUAAAAAGGGAAAUGUAAGAUCUGCUUUAAAAAUGCUAAAUUGGCAAUGUAUAGUUUGUAUUUGUUAAAUUCUAGUGUUUUUUUUAUGUAACCAGUAACUGGAAUGUAUUACCACUUUUUAAUCUGAAUAAAGGGAUUUCUGUUUUAACUCUAA